AUGGGGCUAAUAUCCCAUUUGACGAUCCAUGGCAAAAUUAUCAUGCAAGAGCUACACAAGGAACUAACUGAUUGGGACGAGGAAAUACCUCGUCAUCUCGAAGAUAGAUGGAAGCAGUGGUUGCAAUUAAUGGAGGGAGCUGAAAAAUUGAAAAUUCCUAGAUGGAUCAUCAACAAACAAACUAAGCAAAUUGAAUUACACACAUUUGUUGACGCAUCAGAAGACGCAUAUGCUGCGGCCAGUUAUAUUCGAGGAAUAGAUGAUUUCGGGCAAACAACAUGUGUUAGGCUGAUAGCUGGAAAGGCACGAGUUGCUCCAAUACGGAAACUAUCGAUACCAAAAUUGGAGCUGCAAGCAGCGUUGUUGGGUACCAGACUAAUGGAAACAAUACUCAAGGAAUUGCGCAUCAAGCCGACCAAAAGUUUAAUGUGGUGUGAUUCACAAGUCGUAUUAUCAUGGAUAAAUUCUGACCAUAGAAAAUAUAACACAUUUGUGGCAAACAGAGUUGGAGAAAUUUUAGAGAUCACCUCCAUGGACCAAUGGCGUCACGUUCCAACAAAGAUGAACCCUGCGGACGCAGGCACAAAACUUAGUCCAAAUAUUUCAAUUUGGAUAAGUGGCCCUGAAUUUCUGAAGCAACCUGAAGGUCAGUGGCCAAAAACCAACCUUCCACAUGGUACCACGGAAGAAAUAAAAAACACGGUACUUGUUCAUUAUUACGAAGAUGCAGAACUCGACUUCAUACAAGAAAAUCGAUAUUCUAAUUGGGAAGCCCUUCUUUACCACACCUGCAUACUUAAAAAAUUUGCGGAUUGGACAAGAGACAGAAAGGGAUUUGUGAGAAAUGUUUCGCUAAAAGAUCGACAAGUGGCAGAAAGCGCCAUCAUACGAAAGGCGCAAUGGGAUAUAUUUACCAGUGAAAUGGAAGAACUCUCAAGAUACGGAGUUCUAAAUAAGCCCAGCAAAUUGACAAGUCUAAAUCCCUAUUUAGACGAGUAUGGAGUAAUGAGAGCAAACGGACGACUUGACAAGGCAAACUUUCUCCCAAUCUAUACUAGACGCCCGAUAGUACUACCACCAAAGCAUCAUGUAACCCGGUUAAUUAUAAAAAUGUACCACGAAAAAUAUCUGCAUCAAGCAGAUAAUACAGUAGUAGCAGCCAUUCACCAAAAAUAUUUUAUACAGUUUGGUAGAGCUAUGCUAAAGAGAAUUAAAAUCAACUGCCAAAAAUGUAAAAACAUAAGGGCAAAACCGACACCACCUCAGAUGGCCAACCUACCAAAGGGGCGGUUAGACAUCUAUGCACAUCCUUUCACACACACUGGAGUAGACUACUUCGGACCAUUUGAAGUAGCAGUAAAACGUUCAAUCGAGAAAAGGUGGGGAGUAAUUUUCACAUGUUUAUCAACUCGAGCCUCUCAUAUUGAGUUAGCAGAGAAACUAGAUACGGAUGCUUUCUUAGUAUGUCUAAGAAACUUCCAACAUAGACGCGGCAAAAUUAAACACUUAUACAGCGAUAAUGGAACAAAUUUUGUCGGAGCAGAGAAGGAAAUGCAUUCUUUAUUGAAGGAAAUAAAUAUCACAAUGGAUAAAAAGGAAGCUGCAAAAUUGGAAAUUGGGUGGUCAUUCAAUCCACCUUCAGCGCCACACUUUGGAGGUGUUUGGGAAAGAUUAAUACGAAUAAUUAAAAAUUGCAUCUACGAAGUUUUAAAUACAUGUGGCGAACGACGACCUCAAGUGGAAACCUUACGCUCUGCCUUAAUACAGGCUGAAUUUAUGCUUAAUUCCAGACCUCUCACGGAUAUCGCCAUCGACGGAAUAGAUGAUGAAGUAUUAACACCUUUCCACUUCCUAAUCGGUCGUGCAGGCGAAUACGUUCCACCAUUUGACCCAGCUCAACAGGAGUUGACAACAAAGCAAUGGAAAAUGGUACAACACUACUCUCGACACUUUUGGAAUAAGUGGAAAAAGGAGUACAUCCCAACGCUGUUAAAAAGGAACAAAUGGACAGGGAAAAUAGUACCGAUUAAGGUAAAUGACAUCGUAGUAAUCGCCGAUGAUAACAUUCCCCAUGGGAAAUGGCUGAAGGGCAGAGUGAUUGAAACUCAUGUAGCAGCAGACGGUCAAGUACGUUCAGUUAUGAUACAAACCGUAAAGGGAAUAUAUAAAAGACCAGCAGUAAAUGUAGCUAUUUUAGAUGUACGUAGAGACGAAGAAGAACAGAAUAAUGAAACCAGCACAGUUAUUAUGAAUUAUCACCAAGAAAUACUGCCUGAAACCAACAAAAGAAAAUUUGAAAAGAUAAGACAAUUUGAUCCCCACGCCAUCGAACCAAUACAGGCGCCAGGAAAGAUCUUGAUAGAUGAAUCAGACCCGUCGAUAAUGGAAAAGGCUGCAAUUAAUUUCGCAUCGUGGGGAAAACGCCAAAAAAUUGAUAUAGAUGCCGUCAAGGGUAUGAGAGACAAAGCUAUGAAACAUAAAAACGGCCAUCUUAAGAAAAAGAGUCUGGUUUGA